AUGGUCAAGUUUGCAAAACUAACAAAGCUAACAUCAUUUAUCAAAAAAUGGCCUUCAUUAACCAAACUAAGCCGCAACGGUAGAAACUCUAGGGCUUCCUCCUCCAAGCAAAAGCAACAGGAACCAAAGCUUCAUGCUGUCUACGUCGGAAAGUCGCGGCGCCGAUAUCUCGUGAACUCCAAAGUUUUUCAGCACCCGGUUUUUCAGGAGCUAGUUGAUAGGUCUUGUUGCAAUGGUGGAUGUGAGGAUGGUGUUGUGGUUGUUUCUUGUGAGGUUGUUUUGUUUGAACAUUUGGUCUGGAUGCUUGAGAGUGCUGAAAGUGAGACACAAUUGGGAUCCAUUGAUGAACUUGUGGGAUUUUAUCAUUGUGGUGCGUGUUGA